UAAGAGAAAGUAGUGGCGGGGCCGGAGCCCGGCGGAGCCCGCUCGGCGGCGGCGACGGCGGCAGCGGGAACCGGAGCACCGCCGCGCCGGCACCCGGGUACGGGACCGGAUACUGAGAGAUGCCCUGCAUCCAGGCGCAGUACGGCACGGUGGGCACCGGCCCCUGCGAGCGCUUCCCGACCGAGCUGCUGAGCCCCGAGGCGGGGCGAUUCCCUAUGGAGGUGGCCGGAGCGGACCUGGCAGCCGCCCCCGCCCUGCCCAGCUUCAGCACCUUCAUGGAGGGCUACGCCGGAGAGUUCGACGCCUUCCUCUACCAGCUGCCGGCCGGCAGCCAGCCCUCCGCCGCCUUCAAGCUGGAGGACUUCCAGGUGUACGGCUGCUACCCCGGUGCCUUCGGUGGGCAGCCGGACGAGACCCUCUCCUCCAGCGGCUCGGACUGUUACGGCAGCCCCUGCUCCGUCCCCUCGCCCGCCACGCCGGGCUUCCAGCCGCCCCAGGCUCCGGGAUGGGAGGGCUCCUUCGGGGCAUACUCGCCCCCGCCGAACUACGAUGGUGGGCGGCCCUGGGCUGAGCCCGUCAAAGGCAGUGGGUCGCAGCCUCCCUUCUUCACUCUUGGCCCCCCGACACCCAGCCCCGGUGGGCCUCCGGGGACCCUAAAAGGGCAGCCGGGCCCCUCGCCCCGCCUGGACCCACGGCUGCUGGACACGGACGCCUUCGCCCUGGCCCAGGGCUCCCCAGGAGGCUUCGCCGGGCUGCCCCUGGCCCCCACCUCGCCGCUUCUGGAGGGACCGGCGCUGGCCCCCACCAAGACGCGCAGCCCCGGGGCGGGUGAGGGUCGCUGCGCCGUCUGCGGGGACAACGCUUCCUGCCAGCACUACGGCGUGCGCACCUGCGAGGGCUGCAAGGGCUUCUUCAAGCGCACGGUGCAGAAGAACGCCAAGUACAUCUGCCUGGCCAACAAGGACUGCCCGGUGGACAAACGGCGGAGGAACCGGUGCCAGUUCUGCCGCUUCCAGAAGUGCCUGGCCGUCGGCAUGGUCAAAGAAGUGGUCCGGACCGACAGCCUGAAGGGGCGGCGGGGCCGGUUGCCCUCCAAGCCCAAGCAGUCACCGGACGCGUCCCCGGUUAGCCUCAUCACCUCCCUGGUGCGGGCGCACAUCGACUCCAUCCCCAGCGCCACCAAGCUCGACUACUCCAAGUUCCAAGAGUCGGUGCCGUGCCAGUUCGAGAAGGAGGACUCGGUGGACGUGCAGCAGUUCUACGACCUGCUCACCGGCUCCAUGGACGUCAUCCGCAAGUGGGCCGAGAAGAUCCAAGGCUUCGCCGAGCUGCCCAAGGAGGACCAGGACCUGCUGCUGGAGUCAGCCUUCCUCGAGCUCUUCAUCCUGCGCCUGGCAUACCGCUCCAAGCCGGAGGAAGGGAAACUCAUCUUCUGCAACGGGGUGGUGCUCCACCGGCUGCAGUGCGUGCGGGGCUUCGGCGAGUGGAUCGAUGCCAUCCUCGAGUUCUCCCAGAGCCUGCACCGCAUGAGCGUCGACGUCCCCUCCUUCUCCUGCCUCGCCGCCCUCGUCAUCAUCACAGGUGCGGCCCCUCCCGCUGCCACCCCACGGCUCUUCCCCUCCCCAUCUGGCAGCCUCCACCUUGACCUCACUGCCUUUUGUUCCUCCGCCUCAGACCGUCACGGGCUGAAGGAGCCGAAGAGGGUGGAGGAGCUGCAGAACCGCAUCGUGGGCUGCCUGAAGGACCAUGUAGCAGCGGCAGGGAGCGAGCCCGGGCGUCCCGGCUGCCUCUCCAAGCUGCUGGGCAAACUGCCCGAGCUGCGCAGCCUUUGCACCCAGGGCCUCCAGCGCAUCUUCUACCUGAAGCUGGAGGACCUGGUGCCACCCCCGCCCAUCGUCGACAAGAUCUUCAUGGACACGCUGCCCUUCUGACCCCACCCCCCGCACCCACACCCACACCCACGUACUCCUCCCCACCCCCGGCAAGGGAGGUGGGGUGGGGCUGCUGCCAGUCCUGAACCUCUGUGGGGUGCUGGUACCCUCCUCGGGAUGCUGGUACCCUCCUUGGGAUGCUGGUACCCUCCUCGGGAUGCUGGCACCCUCCUUGGGAUGCCUGGCAACCCCUACCCCUCCCCACACCCCCAGGGAUGCCUGGAUCACCCCCAGGGAUCGCCUGGAUCAUCUCCAGGGAUCGACUGGAUCACCUGGAUCAUCUCCAGGAAUCACCUGGAUCACACACCCCCCCAGGGAUCACCUGGAUCACCCCCCAGGGAUCACCUGGCUCCCCUUGGGGACACUCAAGUCCCCCCCAUGUGCCUUCACGGGUGUCAGGGGCGGAUGCACAGCAGCAGCCCUGGUGCCUUUAUCCCUUGGUGGGGGGAGGGGGGUGGGGGGGUGGCAUUGUCGGCGCUGUGCUCCCCUCCUCCCCCGCCCCCAUUUCCCCCUGUAAAAACGCCCCCCCCCCCGUUGUAAAUAGCAAGCGAACGGAUCCUGUACAGAGCAGGGAGCGCAGGGGCAAGGAAGGGGCUCCGGCCCCCACCCCCCACCCCCAGCUUCUACCCCCCCCCCUCCCCUUUAUAUUUUUUGUUGGUUUUGAGGGUUUUUUCCCUCCCCCUUUUGGCCAUUUUCUGUAUAUAAACUUGGACCUACACCGCGAGGCGCUGCCAGG